AUGGGCUCACCAACCGUUUUUCGCGCUCCAUCACUCUUCCUCUCCCACGGGACUGGUCCCUUCCCUCUCCUAGAUCCGGAACAAGAGUCCUAUCGCCAAGUGGUUCGCAAACAUGCGAGCAAGCUCGACGGUGUGAAGGGCAUCCUGCUGUUUUCCGCUCACUGGGAAACAGAGGAGCCUCAAAUCACCGCCUCCAACAAUCCCGGGAUCUAUUACGAUUACGAGGAUAUGCGUGACAUGCUCCCACCAGCUGCAUUUGAGUUCCAAUAUGCAGCAUCUGGCAACGCAAAGUUGGCCGCCGAGGUUGCGAACCGUCUCCGGGAUUGCGGGUUCAAACCGAUCUUGAAUUACCAACGCGGGUUUGAUCACUCUGUUUACGUGCCGAUGACUCUGCUACGGCCUCAGGGUGAUAUUCCCAUCGUCCAGAUGUCGAUCCUCAAAGGGCAAGAUGAGGAAGACUCGACCCGGAAGAACAUCAAGCUGGGACAGGCGGUCGAAUGCUUCCGGGAUGCGGGAUAUGCCGUGAUCGGGAGUGGGGGCUCCUAUCAUGAUUUCCGUGCAAUAGCUAACGCAUUUUUCUCCAAUACGCCCAUUCCCGAAGGGCCUGACAAAUUCGAGGACUUCUUGCUCUCGGCAGCAACCAUUGCCGAUCCAGUGCAGAGGGAGAGGGAACUGCUUGGGUGGAGGAGACAUUCCGCCAGUACCAUUGCCCAUCCAGUGGGCGAGGCGGAACAUUUGAUGCCAUUCAUGGUUGUAGCUGGGAGUGGUGGGGCUACAGCAGGAGUUCGAUUCGACAUGUUUGUAUAUCGGGGUGCGCCGAUGAGCUUCUACAGUUGGUGA